AUGGAAGCUUGGAAGAAGAAGCAAAAUGAAUGGAAGCUUGUAAAACUGCCUGUUCCGCCGGAAGAUCUUCCGAGUUCCCACUUCCGUCUUCAUCGUCCUAACAGAAUCGCAUCUUGCUGGAAAGAAAUGGCAUGGAGAGGAAAUCUUUCAAAGAACAUAAAAGAGCUUCGACUUUUGAUGUGCCAGUCAUCACCUGCAAGCGCAUCUGCAAGGGCAUUUGUUGAAAAGAAUUAUAAGGAACUAAAGACAUUGAACCCAAAAUUGCCCAUAUUGAUCCGUGAAUGCAGUGGUGUCGAACCCCAAUUAUGGGCAAGAUAUGAUCUGGGUGUUGAGAGAGGCAUUAAAUUGGAAGGCAUGACAGAGCCACAGAUUUUGAAGGCACUUGAAGAUCUGGUAAAAGCAGGGCAAUCUUUGAAAGCUUGA